UUUCGCCACAACGGCGACCACGACGAGGACGAGGACAACAUCUAGCAGCCUCCUCCCGCCCCCAUAACUUAUAUAUUCCCCCACCAUGGCCAUUCUUCGCCCAGCGACGCCGGGCUUCAUCGUCACGCUCGUCGCCACGAUCCUGCUCGCGAUCGUCUCCUUCUGUGUCCCCUACUUCAAAUCCGUGUACUUUUUGAAGGCCUCCAUGACCGUCGACAACUAUAGUGGGAGCAUCACGUUUGGCACGCUUGGUUACUGCCUGGAACUGUCGAAUGGCACAUCAUGUUCGAAGCCGUCAGUCGGCUACGAGAUCGACAUCAACUCCCUUGUCGGUAAUAAGCUCCCCAUCGAGAUCCCCACAGUUGUGGUCAAGUGGAUCACAUACGCGCUCGUUCUCCAUAUCGUCGCGCUCGCCCUAGCAGCGGGCAGCGCCCUGUUCGGCCUCCUCGCCCACGUCCGCGAGAUGUCCAUGACGUGCUGCAGCACCUGCGUCUCCGGUUUCGCAGCCACCAUUGCCCUCCUCGCCUUCAUCUUUGACCUCGUCCUCUUCUUCGUUGCCAAGUCGCGCAUUAACGACGUAGGCAAGGCCGAGAUGGGGAACGCUAUAUGGCUCACACUCGCGGCCUGGGUCCUCCUCUUCUUCAGCGGCUGCUUCUACUCCAUCGGACGCUGCUGCAUCUCCAAGCGCCGCCCGCGCGACAAGUGGGACAAGCCCUCGAACCGGAAUGACCCCGAGGAGCAGCACCGCCUCGAUGCUGUCAAGGCGGAGGCGGACCGUAAGGCGGCGCAGAAGGAAAGCGGCCUCCCUGCGUUCCACGAAACGCAGCCUCUGACCGCUCGUGUGGAUGGUGAUCAGGUGUAUGUCGACGACGACUCGCCUACUGAAGCGCACAAGACCGGCGGCAGCUACGCGUCUGGAUACGUGCAGGGCGCUCAUGGAACGCGCGCUGUUGAUGAUUACUACAACCAGCCCGCUGUGAACCAGUACCCGCCCCAGAAGCAGCCUCGCCGGCAGGGCAGCGCUAGCACCUAUGCCACCUCAUCAGGCUACACCACCGGCGCACCGAUGACUACGUCGCCGCCGCCGAUGCCAGGUAAUGCUGCUGCAGCGGUGGCUGCGUACAACGCCGCGCCGUCAUCUGGCUCGCGCAGCCAGUAUCAGGGAUCGCAGUACUCACACGACCAGUACGGCGCCCACCCGGGUCAGGAAUACGGUCACGCCGCAGGUGGCACGACGUACCACUCCACGGCUUCGCAUCAACAGUACGCAUCCGCGUACUCCUACAAUGACCCAUACGGGCAGCAGCAAGCAGACCCCUAUGGUCAGCAGCAACAAUCGUACGGCCAACCACAGGCCAACCCUUACGUCCAGCAGCAAUCCAGCCCCUACGAGCAACCACAAGCCAACCCUUACGUUGCCCAGCACCAGCCUGAGCGCAGCUACACCCUAGGUGGUGACAGUUAUGGCGCCUCCAACACCUACAACAACAACGCUGCCUACAACACCAACGCCUACGCAUCGACGCCCUCUCCCACCGGCUACGGCGCCAACAGCGUCCCGCCACUGCCGGACAGCAUGAACCAGGCCUUCAUUGGCGGCUACGGCGGCCCGCAGCACACGUCGCCGCCUGCAUCGCCCAUCCAGAUGCCCUCGACGUCGCGCUCGCCGCCGCCCGCGCCGAUGCAGCCGCACAUGGGGUACUCCGUGAUGAACCCCUCUGAAGGCAACGCGGGGCGCCCAUUGUCGUACGAGGAUGCGCCACCCGGGUACGACCAGGGGCCUGCGCAGCCGGCGGGGCAGUGGAAUACCAAGCGCUAGGCCUCAGUGGGGAAUGGUAGUAAUGUAUGACCACACUCGUCCUUCGUUCUCUUGCUUCACAGACUUUUCUCUUCCAUAACCUAUAUAGCGAUACGACGACCCGUUUGCUUGUACACCUUCGACUCCUGCCCUCGUCUGUAUGAAGACAGAGCCCUCUCGUCCUUGUAUAACGACAGACCCGCGUACCAUAUCGAUAUCGCUGCCUAUUUAUGACUUGCGGACUGCAGACGUAGUACAUACAGCCAUCUCUUCCUGACCGAAUGUGACGACCAGUGUCUGUACGUAGGCACGACGCGAAUCAAUUGGCUUCUGUGAUCAACC